UACUGAAGACAGUAAAUCAGGACACUAUAAAAGGAACAUGAGAGGCUGUGAGGAUGACAGAGCAAGAGCUGGAAACAAACAUCAGUGAAGAAUGAAGGCUUUAGUAUGUAUACUGCUGCUGUUGGAAACCUUUGUGUUUGUCGUCCAGCAGCAGGUAGAUGGAGGACUCGACACUUUGAGAGCUGAAGCUUCAACUGACAGACAACAAUACUGCAAUCUGGGCAUCCCUGACAUCCAUGCAGCACUGAGAGAACUGACCGCCACCGUUACAGAGCAGAAAGGAAACAUCAGAGAACUGACCGCCACCGUUACAGAGCAGAAAGAAAACAUCAGAGAACUGACCGCCACCGUUACAGAGCAGAAAGAAAAGAUCAGAGAACUGACCGCCACCGUUACAGAGCAGAAAGUAAACAUCAGAGCUUUAGAGACGCAACUGAGGGAACAACAGACAUUUAUCCUGGAAGAGCUGAACAAGAAAAAUGAAGAAAUGUCAAAUCUUACUCAGAGUCAUGUGGAGGAGUUGAGAAAGGAAAAUAGAGACAGAGAAAUAGCUUUUUCAGCUUCAAUGACAGAAUCUGGCAUUGAAUAUAUUGGUCCUUUUACCACUGAAACCACACUAACCUACAAGAACGUCAUCACAAACAUAGGGAACGCCUACAACCCAAUUACAGGUAUUUUCACAGCCCCACUGAAAGGAGCGUACAUGUUCAAAAUCUCUGCAUAUGGUCAUGGUGGAAUUACAGCAGCUGCAGCCAUUUUUAAGAAUGGAAAGCAGGUGGUUACAGCAUAUGAUAUUCAGCCUCAGGAUCAGGAUCGGUUAAACGCCUCAAAUGGAGUUGUGUUGAUCCUGGAGGUUGGAGAUGUUGUCUAUGUGAGACUUUGGUCUGGCACGAGGAUAAUAGAUAGCCAGAAUAACCACAACACUUUCAGUGGUUAUCUACUGUUUCCCUUAAGAUAACAGGAGCUUUGCAGAAUGUGAUUCCAAUAAUUCUGAACCUUCAGUGUAUGAUUUAAGAUGAAAAUGAUGAAGAAUUAUUAACAUGUGAACCUGUAUUAAUGAGGACUAAUGUGUGUUUGAAAUCUGCAAUAGAUUACUGUAUAAAAGUCUGAGAUGUAUAUACAUGCAAGUUUGUAUAAAGAGUUUUAACACUGAGACGAACAGGACCAACAAUAAUAAUAAUAAUAAAAAGUUUAAUUUAUAUAAUGCCUUUCCAGAGCUCAAAGUGCUUUACAAAUCAAAACAUGAAUUACAGUUUUUGCCCAUUGCUUGAACACUAUACUUACAAAACUGAACACCAAUCAACCAGCUACAAAAAGGCCUCAGUUAAGCCAUUUUGAGAACUUUGCAAGUAUGGAGAGCAAGAGGUGGAGGCAGAGGAAGAGGAAGACAAAGAGAUAGAGGAGUAGGACAUGGUCAACAUGGCUAUGCACGGAACAAUAUUUCAGAUGAUAUUAGAGCAAUGGUGCUGGAUCAUGUGGCCAGACCCAAACAGACGGCAGGAUCUAUAAUCCCACCCAUGCAUAAUUGGCCUGUUUUCCUGUAUUUACAGUAGUGUAUUUUGUUUAAUAUUUGUAUUAUUUUUGCGUUACUGCAUUUACUUUACUGUACUGUAAAGUAUAGUACUGUGAUGUGCAGUAUUGAGUUGUCAUUUGUAACCUUUCAGUACUUUCAUUUUUGGUUGUUGUGAAAACCUUUGUUGGAAAAAAAAACCCAGAACAAAAAAAAGUGUUGCAUUGAGCCUCACAGAAUGCUAACUGAUGAACUGAAUAAAAACAAUGAAAAUUAAA